AUGGAACAGCAGUCUGCUAAUGACCCGUCCACAACAGCCUUUGCUCUAGCUGACUAUAUUGUCUUUGCUGCCAUGCUGUUGGUCUCUAUGGGGAUCGGACUCUUCCAAGCCCUGAAGAAGUCAAGGGACACCACCGCUGAUGACUUCUUUGUUGGUGGUCGGAAUAUGCCAGCCGUGCCAGUUGGACUGUCCCUCUCUGCCAGUUUUAUGUCAGCAGUUCAGGUCUUGGGUGUUCCUUCUGAGACAUUUCGCUAUGGCUUUAGAUUCCUCUACAUGUGCCUUGGACAAACCCUGAAUGCCCUGAUGACAGCUUUCCUGUUCCUGCCAGUCUUCUAUCGACUUGGCAUCACCAGCACAAAUCAGUAUCUGAAGAUGAGAUUUGGCAAAGGGAUGCAGCUGUUGGGGAGCAUCCAGUUUCUUUUGGUGACGACACUUUACACAGGCAUUGUAAUCUACGCACCAGCUUUGAUCCUCAGCCAAGCAACUGGACUCAAUAUGUGGGCAUCUCUGUUUUCUACUGGGAUCAUUUGCACUCUGUACACUACACUGGGAGGAAUUAAAGCAGUGAUUUGGACCGAUGUGUUCCAGAUUAUCGUUAUGUUGUCAGGCUUUGUGGCUAUUUUCAUCCGUGGUAUAGUUCUGGUUGGUGGUCCCACACGGGUACUGGAAAUAGCCCAAAAUGGAUCACGCAUUAAUUUUAAUAGUUUUGAGUUGGAUCCACGGAAGCGCUACACAUUUUGGACCCUUUUGGUUGGAGGUUCAGUGGUUUGGCUGUCUAUGUAUGGAAUGAACCAAGCUCAGGUCCAACGCUACAUCUCCUGCAAAACAGAGAGAGCAGCCCAGUGGGCACUGUUUGUGAAUCAAGUAGGGCUCUACUGCAUUGUUGGCAGUGCAGCAGUCUGUGGCAUUGUCAUGUUUUCCUACUACAUCAACUGUGACCCACUGAAGUAUGGGAGAAUUUCUUCCCCUGAUCUGUAUGUGCCCUACUUUGUGUUGGACAUAUUCAAAGAUCUCCCUGGGUUUUCAGGUCUCUUCCUCGCCUGUGCAUACAGCGGCACCUUGAGCACAGUGUCAACAAGUAUCAACGCCAUGGCUGCUGUCACAAUGGAAGAUCUGAUGCGACCUCGCCUGCGCAACAUGAACCAAAAAAAGCUGAUCCUCAUCUCAAAGGGGCUGUCUUUCAUUUAUGGAGUGUGUUGCAUCACCGUAGCUUCUCUCUCCUCCUUCCUGAACUGGGGAGUUCUUCAGGGCUCAUUCACAGUCAUGGGUGUCGCCAGUGGUCCAUUGCUCGGUGUAUUCAUUUUGGGGAUGUUCAUCCCACCAACAAACAAGCCAGGGGCUUAUUGUGGAAUAUUGGGGAGUUUCUGUCUCUCUGUUUGGCUGGCUGUUGGUUCAACUCUUUACCCACCCAGCCCGGAGACCAUGGGUAUGCUGCCCAGCUCACCAGGGAACUCUGAAGACACCAACACCACGCUGAACAGCAGCCAUUGCCAUCACCUUGCCUCCGCUCCACCUCAACCCAAUAACCAAGGGGGCCUGUAUAAUUUUUACUCCAUAUCCUACCUGUACUUUGGUGCCUUGGCGACAGGUUCGGCUGUGAUAAUCGGGCUGAUCGUGAGCUAUGCAACAGGACCAACAAAAAGGAAUCAUAUUAAACCUGGAUUGUUGUGGUGGGAUCUGAAGAAAAACAAAGAAGUCCUCUCACCAAAGUGCAGAGAAGCCAACAAGACAGAAAAGCCUCACCUGAUGCCCCUGAUGGCCAUGCACAAAAAUGACAAAUGA